GGACGGGGAUGCUCUCGAGGCUGGCAGCCAUGGAGCUGAAGGUGUGGGUGGAUGGCAUCCAGCGCGUGGUCUGCGGGGUCUCGGAGCAGACCACCUGCCAGGAGGUGGUCAUCGCGCUGGCCCAAGCAAUAGGCCAGACAGGCCGCUUCGUGCUCGUGCAGCGUCUCAGGGAGAAGGAACGGCAGCUGUUGCCACAGGAGUGCCCAGUGGGCGCCCAGGCCACCUGCGGACAGUUUGCCAGCGACGUCCAGUUUGUUCUGAGACGGACAGGGCCCAGCCUCACUGGGAGGCCUUCCUCAGACAGCUGCCCGCCCCCCGAGCGCUGUCCUGUUCGCGCCAGCCUUCCCUCAAAGCCACGGGCAGCGCCGGGCCGAGAGCCCCGUAAAGCGCUGGUCGUCAGCCCAGGCUGUCUCAGGCCGGCCCCCAACCCCUUGCCUCCGGAGCCGGGGGCCCCCACCCCAGGCGGCUGCGCAGACCUGCGGGGCCUGGAGCUUUGGGUGCAGAGGAAUGCCGAGGAGCUGGGCCAUGAGGCCUUCUGGGAGCAGGAGCUGCGGCGAGAGCAGGCUCGGGAGAGAGAGGGGCAGGCGCGCCUGCAGGCACUGAGCGAAGCCACCGCCGAGCACGCCGCACGGCUGCAGGCCCUCGACGCCCAGGCGCGCACCCUGGAGGCUGAGCUGCAACUGGCCGCGGAGGCUCCUGGGCCCCCUUCUUGUCCCCAUGAGGCAGAACUCCUGGAGGUAGCAGCCCUGCCUUAGUGGUGUCCACUGGCAGCCAGCCCGGCCUAGGCUCCCAUGGCAGACCCGCAAGGGCAGCUGAGAUGAGCCAUCCCGUAUGACAGAAGACGAUGCCGUGGUCACAGAGGACUUCUUCCCCAUGCAGUAGGAGGCCGGGUUUCUGCCUCAGGGAUAUGGCAGCUGCUGGGAGCAUCGCUCUGGUCCUUGCCAAGCCUGCCAGGCCCCUCGGAGAAGCAUGGGAUAAGCCAGCUGAGAACUCCCCAGUCCCCAGAGACGAUGACUCCUUGCUGGGGACGGGAGAUGCGCAGACCGGGUGUGCAACCUGUGGGCGUGUGCCUGCUCGGGGCAGGGAGUCCUUCACCGCGUGUGCUGCCUCCCCACCCCAACGCCGAAGCCUCAAUAAACUGCCCAGAGUGGCUCAAGUGUGUGCUGAA